GUGAGGUCAUUAGACAAAUUGGCCUCAAUUACGCGAUGACGUCAAAGUCGUCAUUUCAAAUAUAGUCUUACAAUAAAAACGUCGCGGUCGGUAGCUGGAAAACUAGUAAAACAAUGUCAUCAUCGUGUGGUCAAUUAUUUCUCCAAGCAUGGCAAAACACUGUCAUCUUACGUUAGCUCAGUAUUUAAUUACUGUUUUGUAGUAAAUGUUUAUGCAAAAAGAACUAAAAUGCCCCCAAACUCCUUAAAUUAUGUGUACUCACAGGCUCAACAUAUUUUAAUGAAGUGCUACAAAAGCGCGACUGCUGUGCAAAAACCUUCGCAAUGGACAAGAAAGAUAAGAAAGAAAGAAAAUCCAAGACUUCAAUUGUGGACUGCAAGGAAACGUUUCAACCACUUUGUGUUGACGUCAAAACAACAAAAACCGCAGUUCUUUUGCUGAACUCCACAGAAGAGGACGCUAUCAUCACAGCAUGUGAAGCAAUCUUCAAAUAUGCAGCGGAAGAUGCUAAGAAAGUUUAUCUCAUGGAACUUGGAGUAUUGCAGCCUCUCAGUCAACAUAUCACACACAUUAAUGAGCUGCUCAGACAAAAUGCAUUCAAGGUUUUGGGCACCAUGGCCACCAACAGUGCCGUAGGUAAUGCUCUGCAACAAAUGGAUUUAAUUCCACGGAUUAUUGAAAAACUCUCCCUUGAUGAUGUAAUCAUUCAAGAGUAUGGAGCCCUGUGCCUCUCAUGUCUGUCACUGGAUCCCAGCUGCAAGGUUCAAAUCUUUGACAACAAAGGCCUGCCAGUAUUAAUCAAGCUACUUUCCUGUGCAGAACCAGAUAUUCAGAAGAACUCUCUGGAGACCAUCUAUAAUUUGGUUCAGAACAGCCAAUUUUGUCUCCAUGUUGUCGAGUUGGGCGGCAUCCCUUUAAUUCUGGAGUGUCUUAAUUCGGACUAUGCCAUCAUUCAGGAGUUGGCUUUAAAAAUUUUGCUUAAAGUCACGACUGACAAAGAGUCAUACAGCACAAUGAGGAAAGAGCUGGCAUUUGAUAAGCUCAUAGAGAUCAUCAAAAACGUGGAUUUCAAUGAUCUCCAUGUUGAGACUUUGCAGGUUAUUUUUAAUUGUGUGAGUGAUAGUGAGAAUUUUCAGAUCAUCCUGGAAGGGGGAGGACUAGCGAUUAUUUUCGAGCUGAUGGUGCCCCCUAAAUUGUCAGAGACGGAGAAACUAGAAAUACCUUUACCACUUGUUAAGUGCAACAAGAAUGAAAUCCAGUCAAGUGCUGUUCAAUGCAUCGCCAGAGCUGCUCAGAACCCUGAAAAUCACAAAGAUCUCCACGAUUUAAAUGUUGAGGAAAUCUUGAUAGAAAUUCUCUCUGGCGACAACGAUUGUGCGAAAGCAUUUGUUUGCCAAGUUAUGAUUGGAAUGAGCUCCUUCUUAUCCAGCAAAGAACGCGUCAGGGAAUUAGGUGGUUUAACUGCUUUGAUACGUUUACUGAGCGGCAGAAAUGUGUCAGUGAGAAGGGAAGCAGUCCAGGCCCUUGAUCACCUCACAGUUGGACACGAGCAAAACUCAAUGACACUAUGUGAAGAAAAAGGACACGAGAUUCUCAUGCAUCGUCUCGGCGACAGCUGUCCCAAAAUAGUGACCGUUGCUGCAGCUAUACUUUGCAGGAUUGUGGAUCUGGAAAGCAUUCGAUGUGACUUGUUAUCUCUGGGGGCCAUACCUGCACUAGUGGAGCCCUUAAAAUCAACAGACUCACAGGUCCUGAUUAACACUAUAAUGUUACUCUGCGAACUGGUGCUUGAUGCCGGUGCCAGAACAGAGAUGCAGAGCGCUGGUGGUCUUGAACCAUUAGUCAAUCUGCUGCGUUCCACAAAUAUGGAGGUGUUGCGCUCCACGUGCAUGGCGAUCAGCAUUUGUGCAAAGGAUGAGCCCACGUCUGUGGAGAUGUGCAAAUUUGGUGCUCUGGAACUCCUGGAUGAAAUCAACCAGUCAGACAAUAGUAGGAGCAAGUUCAGCGAGUUUGCCCUAAGCAGUCUCAUGCAGUCCAGCAUGUCCCUUAAAUAUGGUUUGACAGAUAAUUUGCCCUCAACGGAUAUGAUCACUGAUGGCUUCUAUGAUGCAGGGAAGUUGCGUUUUGAUCAGAAAGUUUUGACUUUAGUGGAUCUUUUAAUGGAGCCAUUGAACCAACACCUGCCCGUCGUCGUUGUCAAUACGGCAGUCGAGGUGUAUCUACGUACGAGGAAUACGGAGAAAGGGCAACCGACCGAGAGAUAUUGGAAAGUGAUGAAUGAUUCCGCUUUGAGGGGUUUAGUUAAAGAGGUGAAAGAAUCCAUCACCCCUUUGAAAGACAAACACAAACAAUAUGUUGAAUUGGCCAGGAAGGUAAGCAAAGUCAUGGGUGGAGCCAUCGAGAAAGAAGACUUGCACACUUUAGGAUGGCUACUGCACAUCUCCCUGCUCAAAUGUAAAAUGCAUUGUAAUGUGAUCCCUAUCGGCAUGAUCACCAAAGGAUUCUACUGUCACAGGGCCCUUCUAUUCAAGUACUUGGCUGAUUGCAUCGGCCUGAGUUGUAGUUUGGUGAGAGGAGACUACAAUCGAGCUUGGAAUGAAGUAUUAGUCUGCAAGAGAGACGAGCAUUCUUCACAGCCAUGUCGCUACAUUGUGGACCUCAUGCACCAGCCUGGAACUCUCUUGAGAGCCCAUACACCUGCCGCCUUUCGCUAUCACAGUAUAUAGACAAUGGUGAUUUUUAGCUCGAUUUCUUUUUGCUUUUACUGGAACUGCAAAAAAGACCUACGUGUAUCAGCAUUUUUCUAAGCCUAUAAAAUAGACCGAAUUAAGGUACAGCAAUGAACUAAUAAUCUAUCUAACCAAUCUUUCUUUUUAUUCCAAAUUAAUUAUGAUCAUGCUGGUUUUUCUUUGUAACCAGGAAACACUGUUUAUAAUAUAUCAUUGUGUAAUCUUUUUGUAGAUAAACAUUCUCAGAGCAGGUGUUGUAAAAUCCGGGCCAGGGUUAGUUGCACGAUAAACUGCAAAAUAACAUUCACAGUAGUAGAGUUAGCAGUAAGUGCUCUCCCCAGAAUUUCGUGCAUGGGUUAUUUUUGCCUUUCCCUGUGCAGCGUCACUAGAAGCGUCUCCGAUCUUAGCGUCCAUCGCCUUAGUCCUUGGUGCAUGUGUCUGUGUCACUGAUGAUCUUGCAAACGAGCAUCUGUGUGUCACAUCAAAAUAUAUGUUUUUGGUUCAUCUGCUGCAGCAAUCACAUUUGAGUCUAAAAUUAGGAUGAUAGUGCAUUACAAAUAUGAUAACACAUUAGAAAUAUGAAUACCAGCAUUUGGCAGAAAACAACAGACAUGAGACCUUAGUCAGU